UAUCUUCAAAUCGUACAAUUGUGAUUAAUGUCUUGUACUACAUGUUGCAACUUUAUAGGAAUUAAAGAUGAUUUUGUGGUGAAAUAUGUUUACAAAUGUCAGCUCAAGUCAUUUCCUAAAUUUAAUGUAUGUACAUUGCUGUUAUGUGUCAUUAAUUAUGUUUAACUUUUACCAUUAAUUUUAUUCUAAGUUAUACUGAAGUAUGAAUUUUCAAGAUUGUUCCGAUAGCGACGACAGUAGUGACUUAGACUACAGGCCCCUAGGCGGAGAAGAAAACUUAUCUGAAGUUGACUCAGAUGAUUCUAUUGAUAGUGAAGAUAUUUCAUAUAAUAAAUCAAGUCAGUCAAAAAAACGAACUAAAAAGCAUCUAUUACCACGGAAAAAAACUAAAAUAAAAGGCAUUGAAAAUUUUGAUGAGAAAAACCUAACUGAUAAUAUAGUAUCUACAACAAAAUCUGAAGAAGAAAAAAAACGUUUAGAAGCAUUGUGGGAAGAUUUUCAACGUCCUGCUCCAAAAAAAUCAUCAAUAAAUAACUCAAGCAAAAAUGAAGUUAAAUAUUUACCAAAAGAACCUAUUAAAAAUGUAAAAAAAUCUAAUUUAUCUCUUAAAAGAGAUUUUGAAGAAAUGUUUGAUAAUACAGAAACAUCUAAAAGAAAUGAAUCAAAUAAUGAUGUUCAACCUAAUGAACAAUGUUCAACAAAAAUUCCAUCAUAUCCUGUUGUAAAAAAAAAUCCAAGUGGUCUAACAAAUGUGUUAAGUCAACUAGAAAAAAAAAAUAAAUUGACCGUAUUAGAAAAAUCUAAACAAGAUUGGGAUGAUUACAAGAAGGAAGAAGGUAUUGUCGAGGAGUUAGUAACUUUUAAUAAAGGAAAAGAUGGUUACUUAGAAAAACGAGACUUUUUAGAACGAACAGAUUUGCGACAAUUUGAAUUGGAAAAAGCAAUGAGAUCUGCCAACAGAUUACAAAGACAUUAACACUACUUUUUGAUUUCUUCUAUUAUCAUUAUUUUCUGGACUAAUUAAUAUUUAUAUUAGGCUUUUUUAUUUAUAUUUUUAAAUUUAAUUGAUUUUACUUGAAUGUACCAUUUAUCUAAAUGUAACUUAAAAAAUAAUCUAAUAAAAAGUUUUGACAUUU